GUCCCAUUAUUCAAUCUUCAAAUCGACUUAAUCUCCCGAGCGAGUUCUAGCCUAGAUCUAUUACUUUGCUCGCAUAUCCUUGAACGCUAUCCGUCAAAGCCGCCCGCCUUGGUCUUAUCAACAGCGUCCUUCCCCGAAGAAGUUGAAAAUCAACGAACCAUUAACAUUACCGAAAUCCAACGCUCGUUCCUUGGAAGAAGCUCGUUCCUUUAAAGAAGAAGAAACUUCAACGCUCUUCAGCACUUGACGCUUGACAUUUGACACUAGUUCUGCAGGAUAACUAACCGGGACCAAACUUAUUAACUUACUUUUGCCUGGUAUCAGCGGCGAAUUGAUUAACUCCGCAACGUUACCAAUAGCUUGCCCAGCCCAUCCCGAUCCUAUCUCAUCCCAUCCCAUUCUACUGAAACUCAAAAUCUCUUCUACCCUGAUCAUCGAAGCGCCCUCCAGUUACCAAAAUUAUCCCGACAGCAACUGAGAAUUUUUUUUCUCUUUGUUACUGUGUACGUAUUAAUUUUGGCCCUUCAUGAUGUGUUUCGGCAGCAGGGAGGAUGUCGAGGCCAAAAGGUCCAAAGAGAUAGACGCUCUUAUCCACAGAGAUGAGAAGGUUAUGCAGCGACAAGUCAAGUUGUUAUUAUUGGGUGCUGGAGAAUCUGGAAAGUCAACAAUUCUAAAACAGAUGAGACUGAUCUAUACCGAUAAAGGUUUCUCAAAGACUGAAAAAGAAGAAUGGCGCAUUAUCAUCUUUCACAACAUUCUGGAUGGCUUGAGAAUGACAGUGGAGGCAAUGAAUGAUUUUAAUACUCCUUUCGAACAUGAAAGCACCAAGCAAUACCUUCCAAUAAUCACAGAAGAAAAGGACCUUAGACCAUGCGAACCGAUUCCUCUCGAAUACCUUAAAGCGUUCAAAGAUAUGUGGGCUGAUUCGGGUAUCCAGAAGACUGUGGAGAGAGGAAAUGAGUUUGCUCUGCAUGAUAAUUUGGGCUAUUUCUUCGAAGAUUUAGAUCGUCUCUUCAGCAAGGAAUUCGUUCCAACCGAUCAAGAUGUUCUUCGCGCCAGACUAAGAACCACUGGUAUCACCGAAACACACUUUGAUCUCGGCUCAUUGCAAUACAGAAUGUUCGAUGUUGGAGGACAAAGAUCGGAACGCAAGAAAUGGAUCCAUUGCUUCGAGAAUGUCAAUGCAUUGCUAUUCUUAGUUGCUAUCAGUGGUUAUGAUCAGUGUCUAGCUGAAGACAAGGAUGGAAACCAAAUGCAAGAAGCUUUAAUGCUUUGGGAGUCAAUUGCCAACUCUCAUUGGUUCAAACACUCGGCAUUGAUCCUCUUCUUGAACAAGAUCGACUUGUUUAAAGCAAAGAUUGGUCACAGCCCGAUUACCAAGUUCGGUUUCUCCGAUUUCCAGGGAGAUACUACAAGCUCGCAACAAACCUCGAAAUACUUCAUGGACAAGUUCAUUGCUCUAAACCGAAGCCCUGGACGCGAAGUUUAUGGCCACUUCACAAAUGCCACUGAUACUGAUCUUCUCAAGGUCACGAUGAGCUCCGUACAAGAUAUGAUUAUACAGAGAAAUCUUCAAAAGCUGAUCCUUUGAUAAUUAACCUCUGUCUGUUCGGAGCCAAGCCUUCAAGAUUCCCCAUUCCAGAAAAAGCAUGACCACUCUUUAUCUGAGCAGCACAGAACCCCCGUUAAUACAAAUACGACCAUUUGCUGCGGUGAGUAUUAGUCCGCCUUGGAAAUAUCGCAUCGCAUCUGCUUCUGGUCUUUUUAUGAGACGUCCCAGGGACGUCAGCCAAAAGUUCCAUCUUACACCGCACAUGGAGCAAAUUUCUCUUUACCAAAAUACCCCCACACUUCUUCAACUUGUUUUUUCUUUUUCUUUUCUUAAUUAUUUGGUUUGAGGGCAGAUAGGAGAAUUUUCGGCGAAUUUUCGAAUAUAAGAUGGCUUGUAUAAUACAAUCAAUGUAUCGAUCGAUCGAUUGGAGAUGCGGUCUGCAUCUGUUCGCUGUUCAUAUACGACUUCUCUGUUGAUUAGACAUCUGGCGGCAUCAUGUUUAUCCAUUUAUUUCUCUUCACUUGAGGAUAUACAAUGCAUACAACUCAGAGCCUUGCUUUUAUGCAAUGUCGAACGACGAUGGAGGAAUUUCGCUUGCAUGGAGAGGAGGAAGGAGAGAACAACCGGAGUUUAAUCUAAUAUUUUCAAGGAUGGGCAUUGAUUGAUUGGAAUGAGAGAAACGAACUUGGGGAUGGGAUAUGUUUUCGAAUUUUUCAUGCAAUUAGUUGGUUGGCCUCGCUUCUCUCUGGUGGAUGUUGGUUUCAUUUUAGAUGUUAUUCAGGGGGAGGGAGAUAGGCAGUAGGGGAGAAAGGGAUUGUUUGGAGUAUGCAUACCACUGCACAUGCAGAGAGAUGGUAUUGUAUGCAAAGCACAGUGAGAGUAUUCGGCAGUUCAAGCGAAUGUGGAAGAUUGAGAUAUGACACGAAUCGAGUGAUUGAUUAAUAGAGAAAUGAACUACGUAACCAUCCAUCCAUCCAAAUCAUACCCGAUGUAAUGUAGCAGUCUUAGUAAAUUCAUAAUUGAUUAAUCCUUUCGAUAG